CGGCUAGAACAUCUUCACCAAUUCAAACAUUUGAUCAGUUCCGAACAACUGAAACUGCCAAAAAUGGCACCAACCCUCCUAACAAAAACAACCCGCUUCAUCAACGACUCCGGUCCGUCCCCUCCACUCCCACUCCAACUCCCACUCUUGCCCAGCCCCCUUUCCCUCCCCCUAUCAUCACGUGCCACUAACCCCCUCCCCUCCCUCCCUCCAGCCGGCCUCGAAAAGACCCUCCGCUUCCUCCAAGCCCUCGCCCAGAUAAUCGCCUCAUACACCCUCUCGCCCAGCUCCGCCAAGCCCUGGCAAACAGCUUGGAGACAACUUGCGCUCGGAAGGAGAUACCUCCGGAUCGUGAAGUUCGUGGAUGCGUUCCAGUUGAGUCUUGCUGUUUUUGAGAGUGGGAAUGGGAAUGAUAAUGGGAAGCGGGGUUUUGUUGUCCUGAGGACGACGCUGGAGGCGGGGAAGUGGAGUUGUUUGGGGAUGUUUUUGGGGUUGGAGAGUUUGACUAUUCUUGAUACGAUGGGUGUUUAUAGAACGGCAUGGGCAGCGCCGCUUUUUGUUGAGGCGAUGAAGUUCUGGUUUUAUUCUAUAAGUCUAAGUAUUGUGCUUUCGUUGGUGGAGCUUUGGGGGUUGUAUAGUUCGCCCACUUCUUCGAUGAUAGCUUUGGUUCCAGAAGGGAAGGAGAAGAUCGAUCGCGUGAAGGAAAAGGAGAUGGAAAAGAGGGAGUGGAAGCAAAAGCGAGGGAAGAUCGUGAAGAAUAUUGUCACCGAUUCUUGUGAUCUGGUCAUUCCUGGGUCUGUGACGGGGUGGUUGCUUGUUUCGAGUAGGAAUGUGGGGUUUUGUAGUGUGGUUAGUACGGUGCUGGCUGGGAGGGAUGUUUGGGCGAGGAUUCAAGGAUAGCACGCCUGAUUACAUCUACAGUGUACUCCCCCUGAUCAUACGUUAGCUUGCCAAAAAAAAAAUAUGGAAGCAUGCUGCUUCAACUUGAAGAGAGUGCACC